ACUGCAGUCACUAUAUAACUAGAACGACCUUUCCUCCAGAAACGCCAACGGCGCCAGCAUACCCAAAGGAGCAGAUGUUGUUAUUGCACCAGAUUUUUUAAAAAGUUUGGAAAACAAACCGCAAGUGCAUAAAAGAAGAGGAGGAGGAACUGUAGCUGCUGGACUCGCGCUACUAUUUUGCUGUGGAGCCAGUCGGUGUCCGUUCAGCAUUCUAAAAGCCUUUCUUGAUCAUUAGGAACAUGCAGAACCAUAAAAAAAGACCUUCACAAGGCCACAUUAUGUCUACAAAUGCGAUUGGGUCACCUUUAACAGUGCCCUACUUGAUGUGUACCUUGACCUUCCUCUCUCUUCUGACAUUAUCUACAUUCACCUUCUCAUACUUAGUCUACAGGAAGCCAGAAGGGAACGAACGGGUGUUGUCUGCUGCUACAGAACAUGUCAACAACGGAUCUCAACGUGUCUGCAACGAGGCACACUGCAGAACAGCUGCAAGGUACUACUCCAAGUACGUGGUUCUACCACUCGAUAUGUGUUACCAUUUAACAACUCCAACGUGCAACACAACAGCAAGUGCAGACUUGAGACUCAGCACCAGUCGCCAGCAUGCUGCAGACAGAGAGUCAAUAUCGUACCUCGACGACCUGAAUAUCAAAGCAAUCGUGGCAGGCUCGUACUUCCCAAUUACGCAGCUGCGUCAAUUCCUGCAAGUAUGUGCAAGGUCUACUAAGAAGAAAGGGAUAAACGACUUCGUUGUUGUCAUGGAGAACUUUAAAUUAAAAGAAUGGCCCCUCACCCCGAAAAAGAUAGACUUGACCAACCUUCUCGCCAGCAUUGCCAGGGAACUGGACCUACACCCCCUGGUUACGUUCAUGGUUGGAGCCGCUGACCCACAGUCUCCAGGUCCCAUGAUUUAUAUGGACAAGCCCCGCCUGACGCUGAAAAAAUACACAUCAGUAUCGACGGCGCCGCUUCUCUUUGCCGUAACUAAGUACCUCGAAGAAUACUGCGAACAUUUUGGAAUCUGCCUGAAGCACGGAGAAGCCGAGCAUGUUGUUGCCACAAUUGUCAAGUUUGAGGAGCUGCUUACGUCUUACAUGCAGCCCUUUGGCAGACAUUCAAAGAUGAAGCUAAAAGAUAUGGAUAACGGAAAGGUUAACUGGCUUUCGCUGGUGAGGAAUAUUCUGGGUGAAGGUGUCAACGUAUCGUCUGAAUCAGAAAUUACGAUCUUGGCACCACACUACAUCAAAGGAUUGUGUGGAAUCCUUAACAAGACUAGCCAGUCUGCAGUCAUACUCUACAUAGGAUACACAAUUUUCUCGCGGUUUUCACCACUCAUAAUCGGUCUGGAUGCAACAUCCAGCACGCUGCCGCCAACAGAUGCUGACCAGCGCCGUCAGUGGUAUCAUUUUCAGUGCAUCCUGCUGUCUGAGAGCAUUUUUGCACUCGCCUAUCUACACGCUUUCUCUACACAGCCACGGUUCGAUGUUCAACAAGGAGUGGUCGCUAAAGUUGCAAGAGAAGCAGUUGAGGUGCUAAAAGAAUACACCACUAGAAUACCAUGGUUCAAGAAAGAGGAAGCAGAUGCUGUGCGGGAAAAGCUGAACAGGCUGGAGAUUUCGGCCUUAGUUCCAGACCUUGCUAAGAUAAGAAAGUUUGUCCAAGUGUACUACAACAACAUACCGGCGUACAAUAAAAAUGUAGGCUUUCUUCAGAACUUUUACUCCAUGAAGAAAUUUGUCACAUCGAGAUCUUGGAACAUAAGUCAGAGUACGAAUCCCGCGCGAUACAGGUGGCCGAUAUCGUCGUUUAAAAAGAUGUGCUUCCUUGAUGUGCAAAGGAACCAAUUAAAUAUUCCAGCAAUUCACAUGCUACUAGUUGAGAACUCAACUGGCAAUAUUGAGUUUCCACAAAUUCCUGUUCUUACUUUCUAUGUUCUUCAUGCCCUGAUGAUCUAUUUUUUCCAAGAUGGUUCCACACUUGGCAACCGUGGCUUAGAGUGGUGGACAGUGGAAACAGAAGAAGGCUUUUUCAGAGCAGAGUCGUGUCUUAUAGAACAAUAUCUUAGUUCUGUUGGGAGUAACACGCAGCAGGGCGAUUCAAAUAGCUUGGCAGUGCACAUCCUUAGCCACAACUUUCUCAUAGAACCAGCCUUUGUGCUAUACAACAGACUUUUCAAACAUUCUGGAUACGAUACAGAAAGCUUUACCCUUCAUGAGAGUUUCCCAGCUACCAGCAAAGAAGUGUUUUUCAUCUCAUAUAUGCUGACUAUGUGCAGGGCAUCUUAUGCAGCUCAGAGUUCCAUGUUGUAUAAUGAUGCUGUUUACCUUCAUGAACUGUACAGAGUCAACCUUCCAUUUUUCAAUUUCCAAGAAUACAGAGAAAUGGCCGCUUCCUGCAACAUGAAACAGCUUGCGACGUUGUCGCAGAUAAAGUACUGCGAGGUCUGGCACUAGCCUUCUCGGGAAGUGCCGUAAGUGAAGCGCCACAUUAUUGCCAACAGACCACCUGCUUGUGCAUAAGUAAAAAAAGCACAGCCUCCUUUA